UGCGAUGCUUGUUGAAGCCGUCGAUGUGCAGAAGCUUUCUUUGUUUAUUUCUGUUUUCUCUCCGAGCUCGACUUACAAUGUGGCCCACGAUUGGUUCCUCGGGAUUCUGAGAGAGUGAACCGUCUGCAUCUAUACCAUAUCUUUGAUGCCAAACGUACCAUCACAGGGCCUGACUAUUUUAGGAUCGCGGUCCACAGUCAGCCUGAGUCCCUCACGGAUUUACAGAACAGCUACUGUAUACUGUAUCACUCCUGUUAGUGCCACACUAAGCGCUUUCAAACUGAAGACAUGGUUUAGAGACGUUUAGCUGCAGCUGUUGUUCAUAAAUAUGUUGUUCAGAUUCGGUGUCAUUCUGACUCCGGAGUCCUCGGACGUGGAGGUUUUAGUUCUGGGUUCGCGUGAGGAAAUGGGUCACUGGGACCCGAACAGGGCGGUUCGGAUGAAGGCUUCGCAGAAGCUGCCGUCAUCAGAUGAACCGUGUCUGUGGACCGGAGAAGUGGAGCUGGCCGAGCCGUUCAAAGACUCUCUGUGGUUCAAGUUUAUCAGAAAGGCCCGGGACACCAUUAUCUGGGAAGGUAGCGGACCAAGUCAUGACAGGCAUUGUUUAUAUGAUGAGAAAAAUGUGGUGAAGGGAGUGUACUGCCACCCGAUUGGUCACUGGAUAGAGGAAACAGGACACACUGAUGAGAUGAGGCACACCACCAAUUUCUACUUUAAGGUUGCAGGUCAGAAGGCCAUACAUUUCUCCAGAGUUCUGCCACGUGUCUGGCUGGGAAGCUGCCCUCGACAGGUGGAGCACGUGACCAUAAAGAUGAAGCACGAACUGGGCAUCACUGCUGUGAUGAACUUUCAGACGGAGUGGGACGUAGUGAACAACUCCAGUGGAUGCAGACGUAACCACGAGGAAGCCAUGAGCCCUGAUGCCUUGAUGCAUUUGUACAAAGACUGUGGCAUUGUGUAUGUGUGGCUACCAACACCUGACAUGAGCACAGAGGGCCGGAUCAGGAUGCUUCCCCAGGCUGUAUUCCUGCUCCAUGGACUCCUGGAAAAUGGCCACACCGUCUACGUUCACUGCAAUGCCGGAGUCGGCAGGUCCACGGCGGCUGUAUGCGGCCUUCUCAUCUACAUCCUUGGCUGGAGCCUCAGGAGGGUGCAGUACUUUGUCACCUCAAGGAGGCCAGCAGUCUACAUAGACGAAGAAGCUUUAGUCCAGGCUCAGCAGGACUUCAUCCAGAAGUUUGAAGAAGAUUGUAGAGCCAUAUGGCGGUGCUACUCCUUGCUACUCCUUGCCAGAGACACAUCUAUCCUCAAAUCCAAUAAAUCAAGAAGGACUUUACCCUUUUCCCAGAGGUAUUUGCCUUCCAGACAUCAAGGAGUACAGUUAUCUCUCACAGUCCUUAUUUGCAGCAUUUCCUCCUUCAUGCUUCUGUCAGAAGCCAUCCUCAGAAAAACAACAACAUAAUUUUCAGGUCAUGUUGAUAUAGUAUAAUCCAUUAAUACAGCAAGUUUUCCUCUUUGAACACCACAAUCUCUCACUUGACUUUUUGAAGUCAAGCUUUUUUUUUAUCCUUCUCUGAUUAAAAAAAUGUGUUACUUUGAAUGCUAAGAAACUUUUUCCUGAAGCAAAAAUCUUUACUGUUAACUUUUCAAUGACUUACUGAGCUAGAUGUCAUUUGGGAUGUGUGGGUGGACAGAGCUGUGUUCCUAUGUUACCCAGGUGAAUCAGUCAAGUUUUAUUCUAAUGUGUGACAUAAAGAGAAACUCAUAUGAAAUAAACAAAAAUAAUGAUGAAGAAUUGUGGAUUUUUACCAGUCUGGUUCACCCUCUACUACAAUUUCCACAUUAGUUAAGGUGCCAUGUUCAUCAGUUUGAACAACAUAUGUUGUGCAUGUAAGAGCACAAGGAUGUCCAGUCAUUUUAAAGAAAGUAAUUAAACAUUUCUUAUAUAUCA